UCGAUCCAAAAGAAACUUGUGUUCACUUUCAUGUUCUGUACUAGACGUAGGAUUUGAUGAAAAAAUCAAAGACGUGCAGUUUCUGGUAUUCUGUUUGUUCGUUAGAAAUGGCACGCUUCUCUGAAGUAAUGGGUGUGGGCCAAUAGUGCUUUUCUCAGCUAUUUUGUUGAUCGCAGGGAAAAAGACGCUAGUAAACGUCAUCUCAGGGCGCCGGAAAGAAAGGCACUUGGGCAGCUCUUCAAGCUGAGCUGGCUGAUCGCUCGGGAUCUUGUGUUGGCUUGUCAAGCGCUUUUGGAUGUUUUGAUAGAAGAGGGAAGACACGUAGUGUUUUGCACAGUCUCCUGAAUUACGUAACUGUCAAAGCAACAUUUUGAAGAUCCGAACUGACGACAUGGAUUCCGCUAAUCAAGACAUCAAUCUGAACUCUCCACAUAAAGGCCUGGGCUCUGACACUCUCUCAGAUGCUCCUGAAGAGAGGGGGGCAGCAGCUGUGAGUCCAGAGACUCUCCCCCCAGGUCUGACAGAGGAGGAGGCAGAGGAACUGAGACUGGAGCUCACCAAGGUUGAGGAGGAGAUCCACACCUUGCGGCAGGUGCUGUCGGCUAAAGAGCGCCACGCGGCGGAGCUGAAGCGUAAACUGGGACUCAGCCCUCUGACCGAGUUCAAACAGAACAUCACUAAAAGCUGGCAGGACGUCCAGACCUCAAACGCCUAUGUGAAGAUAUCAGAGAAACUGGGCCAGUGGAAUGAGAAGGUUACAGGUUGUGAUGUAUAUGUUUCAGCUUCUGCCACUCUGGAUGACAUUGCCAGCUCUGAAGUGUAUAAAAAGACUCAGGAAACGCUGUCUCAGGCUGGACAGAAGACCUCAGCCGCCCUCUCCACCGUUGGCACGGCCAUCAGUAGGAAACUGGGUGACAUGAGAGCUCUUCCUUUCUCUAACUCCUUUAGUAGCAACUACUCCAUUCGCCAUUCAAUAAGUAUGCCAACUAUGAGGAACUCUCCAACCUUCAAAUCGUUUGAGGACAAAGUCGGAAACAUCAAGUAUAAGGUGGUUGGAGGGAAGGCCAAUGGUGAAAGUGCUCACUCUCCGAACGAGUCAAACCCUGUGCAGGACAACGCUCCAUUCUGAGAGCCCACACUCCUGAUUUAAACACUCAUCUCAUUUCUUUGUGAAUCCUGACAACACCCACACUUCAGUUCUCCCAAUCCUCCCUUUCUCUCUCUCUCUCUCUCUCUCUCCCGUUCUCUCUGAAUUCUUUCAUCCCUCCUUCCUCUGUCUCCUUUGAUACUCCUCUCCACCUACUGCUAGCAUGUGCUUGCUCAUCUCACUAAAAAAACACACAUAGUACAGGUUCUGUGACAUGAAAUCAUCACAGGUUGUACAAAAGAAGAAAAAUGUUGAAUCAUUUUGUAUUAGAAACUAUUUUACACUGCUUUGCAUAAUGUUUUUACAUAACUUUUAUCUAUAUAUGACUAUAAAGGAAGACAAAUAACUAUAUUUAAACAGUACUGCCAGGCAGCGUUCAUCAGACGGCAGAGGGGUACAAAACACACAAAGAGGAAAUAUUUAAAUCUGAAGGGGGGAGGAUUUUAGGCCAAUAAAGAAAAGAACAGAAACUUGCUGCAGGUUUCUAUGCUGCUGAGCGUUCAGUUGAGUUCUUUUUUACUCUCAGUACAAUGUGAAGCGAUGCUUUGCUGUACACCUGGUGAAUGUCUGACCUUCUGAGUCGGCCUUACACUCUCAUUCUGUAUUGCUUUAUUGGACUUUUGCUGAUAAAAAUGUUACAUGAAGAUGUUUUUGUUUUUGCUUUAUAUCCUCUUUUGCUCUUUCUUGCUCUUGUUCCUUUUUUUUUAUUGAUGGUAAUGUUUUAUUUAUGCCGUGUUUACGUCGGAAAUCACUUGCCUUUGCUUUGUGCCAUGCUGUGAGUGCCAGUUAGUAGAUGCCAUAGACCUUUUACUGUCAGAAUGUUUCAAACUAUCACCAAAUUAUCACAUCACAAAGAUCACUUUGUUCAAUUGUAAGAAAUAAAAAUGCAAACGCUCUCGUGUGCACUAACCCAAAAUAUCAAAUGGCGAGCAAGUCCUGCUAAGUCAGAUGAAUUCCUUUUGUUCGUGGCAUUUGUUGAUUUUUUCCAGACAGACGUAAACACUAGUGUAGUCUGUAUGGUAGCACAGUCACUUUUUUUCCUGAAAGAUAUUGGAAUAUAUUUCACUAUUAGCAAGUGUAGUCUUUUUUUUUUUUUUUUUUUUUCAAAUCCGUUUUUUCCUGAUAUUUCAGUCACUUGUAUGGGUGUCAGUGGGUGGCCUUGUUUCAGUAUAUUACACAAUGAUGAUUACAUGCUUCAAUGGAUGAGAUGCAUGGGAUUACAUGCAUUUGACUGACUGAUGCUGAUGAGAAAGAUGCCAAUAUCACAUGACUUUCUACUGGAAUCCAUGUGUUAUGCCAUAGAAUUAGAAUAUUGUAGUUCCUCAUAGUGCAAACGUUGGAAAGAUGAGAAAAGAUAGUGAACAUUCAGAGGGAAAGGACUUAUUAUUAUUUUGAGUAGUAUAUGCACAAGUCAUUUGGGGAGGUGGUUUAGGGAACAGGCACCAUAUAGCUUUAAAUUAGGGAUCUCAGCCUAGCUGUUCAGGCUCUGGUCAUUUUCUUUUAAAACAACAGUGGUGUAAUACAUUUAAUUUGUCGAUUGUUUGUAUAUCAAUAAAGCAUUCGUUCAAAUGGU